GUGCUAGGGCUCCAGGGGUGCGGCCACCCCCAGCCACAGUGGCUGGCUGGACAGCAAGAGGCUCCUGCAGCCCAUCAAGUGUGCAGACUCCUUGCUUUGUGUAUUGAGACCCCACAACACACUGAAGGAGCUGCAUCCUCAUAGCACAGCAGUGAGCAUCCUGCAUGGUUAUCAGUCUCCUGGGGCCACCGUUAGAAAAGUAUCCGCAAGACAAGUUAAGGGCAAAAAGCAAACGUAUGUGCACACAGUUUUAUUUUCUUAUCCAUUUAAGCUGUUUUUAUUUGGUGACCUCAGAAUCCUCGGUGAACACAAUAACUCACAAAUAAGAUAAAAUUUUCAAGGCCUUUUUGGAGGAAACUUUUUUAUAUCUGAACAGUCACUGUUGCCUAUAGAUGCAGGAAGCCAACAGUGGACAGACAUAGGUAGCAUGAGUCAGAGAAAACAAUACUCCCAAGCUGGAAUCAGAAUAGGAAGAGAGAGGGCUAGUGUCCAGGUGCCUAGGGUGGGUUUCCUAGAGGAGGUGACUGUCCUCACCGGAGCUGCUACUCAGAGUGGCUUCUGGUCUUCCUUAAGUCCAGACAGUGGAAACACUCUGCAAAAGAGGCCCCCAAACCUGAGCAUGAGGACCAACCUGCUGGGCUGGUCUUAGUGGGCAUAAAGAUGCCUCCAAGUCAGCAAUGUCAAGAUGCUCUGGUCCCAGGUCAGCUGACAGCCACUCCUGAGAACGUUGCAGGUACUGCCUCUGCCUUCUAGGAAACACCGUAUCCUCACUCCUAACUGCCCCUACUGCCCGUGACCUGCACUCUGUAGCAUCUGGGGCCUUGGGGAAGGGGGUGAAGGGUGACCAUGAGUUCCAGUUUAGGCAGCUCAAAUAAGUCUGCUUUUCAGUACCCGCUCCAGCUGCCAGUCACCCUCCUCUGCACCCCUUACCAAGCCAGCUCAGGCAAAGCAAGCCCUUCCCCUCCCCAAAGUCUCCAGAGCCCUUAUGGAACCUCAGUUUCCCAAGACUCAAUGCACACCCACUCAAUGCAACUCCUCCCCACUCUCUCUUCUUGGCCCUGGGGAGGUACUGAUUUCUGGCCUCUCCUGCUGCACCUGUGCUUGCCUGCUCUUUUUGCUCCUGAUAAUGCAUGAGAAACCUGGGCAGUGGCAGUUGCCUCAUUCAUUCUUCCCCAUUCACCAGAAAAGACAACUAGGGAGAGAAGAGUGGGCAGAAGCAAAGGAGCUCUCUUCCUUCUCCACCAAAGCCACCCUCCAUGCACUCAUUGCAAAUCUACUCCUUUCCGUGCCAUUCAACAACUAUUUCUUUAACAUCGACCUCAUGCCAGGCACUGAGGGGACAGAGAUGAGAUCCACGGAGCUGGUCUAAGCACUCACCUGUGAGCCAUGGAGGCCCUGGGGCCUGGGGGCGACCGCGCCUCCCCAGCCUCGUCCACUCGCAGCCUGGACCUGCGGCGGCUGUCCGCGCGCGCCGACUCGGCCUACAGCUCUUUCUCCGCGGCCUCCGGCGCUCCAGAGCCGCGCACGCCGUCGCCUGGAACCGACCUCCUCCCUUAUCUAGACUGGGACUACGUGCGCGUGGUGUGGGGUGGCCCAGCCUCCGCCGCGCCCGCCGCCGGCCUUCGGGCGUCCCCGCAGCCCCGGCCCGCGGCCGCCGCGCGCAGUGGGCUGCGGCUCCCAGAGGUCCAGGGAACGUCGGGGCCGCUCAGCCGGCAGGCCACCCCGCUGCUGUUUGCUCUGGCGGCCGAGGCGGAGGCGGAGGCGCCGGCCGUCGAGCCGCCCAGCCCACCGGCCUCGCGGGCUGCCUACCGCCAGCGGCUGCAGGGCGCGCAACGGCGAGUGCUCCGGGAGACGUCCUUCCAGCGCAAGGAGCUCCGCAUGAGCCUACCCGCCCGCCUGCGGCCCGCUGCACCCGCGCGGCCCCCCGCGGCGCACCCGCGCUCCGCCUCACUUAGCCAUCCGGGCGGGGAAGUGGAGCCGGGGCGCUCUGGGGCUCCCGCGCGGGGACCAGUCGGCCGGGGGCGCCUAGCCACCCAGCAGCGGAAGUGGUGCUUCUCUGAGCCAGGGAAGCUGGAUCGCGUGGGUCAGGGUGGUGGAUCUGUGGGGGGAUGUUCGAGUGACGCCAGCUCCAGCUCUGGCUUUGCCGGGCCCGAGCCCCGGGAGCGCAGGGUGCUGGCAGAGUUGGAAGAUCACCAGAUCAGAUGGCUGUCUGAGACGCAGCCUCGAAGUACAGAGGAUCCAGAACCGCGGUCCCUGAAGUUCGGUGACGCCCAUAGGCCUUCCAGUCGGAGUCGGAGCGCUUCAGGCGAAGUCUUGGCUCCCUGGGGAGGUUCAGGAGGGGUCACGCCCGUUGUUCAGGUUGCUCCCCAAGGAGCAGAAACCCCCAGACUGUUGUUUCAGACCAAACUUCCCAGGUUUCUGACUCAGAAGGAAGCUGCAGUGUUGUAUCCUGCCGAGUGCCUCCAGGGCAGUCCUGCAGACCGUGAACAGAGGGUCUCAGAGACAUGCCUUGGGUCUGCCCGACUCCCUUCCCUUCCUGAUGAUGAGGUUUUCCUGGAAGACGUCCCCUUGGUCAGAAUGAGAUCACCUCCAGACACCCAUGUGCCCACAGGAAACCCAACCAGUGUCCAUGUCUCUGACCAGCAGUAUGAAACCAGCUUGGGCCAGGGGGUUGACCAAGCUGGAGUCCCCCCAGAGCACCCCCUCCAUGAGCACCCAGAGACUGCAAGGGCAGAUGACAGCUGGCGGAGGAUAAAUGGUUCUGUGAGCAUUUCCAGGACUACAUGCUGUAGCCCCCCUGGGACUGCAAAUGGUGACAUUCCAACCUUCAAUCCCACUGGACUGCUGACCAUUGACCCACUUGCAGCUACAGACCCCCUCAAACCUCUUCCAGUUGAUGCCCUGGAACCUCCAGGCAACAGUACCCCAGGUGCUCCUGGCCGUACUGCCCUAGCUUGGGGCACUGGCCAGCCUGUUUCCAGGCCAACAUGGCGCAGUCUGCGCCUUGAGGAGCUGGUUCAGGAGCUGGCCAGACUGGAUCCCUCUAUGAGUGACAUACUCACUUCCUGUCCCAGUCCAGAGCCACCCCUGGGUCUGCUAGAUGGGCUGAUUCCUUUAGCUGAGGUCUGGGCUGCGAUGAGGCCAGCCGGUGAGGAGGCUGGAAAGGACGCUGUUGGUACUCCUGAGCCAGGGUGCUAUCUAUUUAGCUCCAGCCAGCUCCGGCCAACUUCUCAGAUGAGGUCUGAAAACCAUACCACCCACCCUGUGCCUGACCAACCCUGUGGUCAGGGUCUCCCUGAUCCAAACAGCAUCGAAGCCAAGAAAAUGGAGCUAGCCAAUCUCCUCCAAAAGAUGCUGCGGGACCUUCAGGCAGAACAGGAGCGGCUGCACCGGGUGGCCCAGGCUUGGGCCAGGCGCGGGGCUGCUCUGGAGGCCGCGGUGGGCCAGACCUGUGCACCCCGCGACCUAGAGCGGUUCAGCAGGUUCAUGGCCGACCUAGAGCGCGUGCUUGGCCUGCUGCUGCUGCUGGGCAGUCGCCUGGCCCGCGUGCGCCGCGCCCUGGCCCGGGAGGGCGCAGACGGCGACCCAGACGAGCAGGCCUCUCUGCUGCAGCGACUCGGUCUCCUGAAACGGCAGCAGGAAGACGCCAAGGAGCUGAAGGAGCACGUGGCACGGCGCGAGCGGGCCCUGCGGGAGGUGCUGGUGAAGGCCCUGCCCGCGGAGGAGCUGCGCGCCUAUCGCGCCUUGCUGGCGGGCAAGGCCGCCGUCCUGGCCCAGCAGCGCAGCCUAGACGAGCGGGUCCGGCUCCUUCAGGACCAACUGGACGCCGUCAGGAGCGACCUUGGCCGUCGUCCCCUGCCUCCCAGGAUGACCUUGCCCCCAGAGACCCGUUCUCCAGAUAAACCGUCCUUCCCUCCGCCCCUCAUCUAAUUACAGGCAGUGGGGGUGGGGAGCAUUUCUCUGCGCCUCACCGACGUAACUGGGGGUGACGCUUGUUUACUCGGUGCUUUUCCCUUGGGACGGGGAAGACCCUGACCGGGUCUUCCCAGAAUUCUUCUAAGUGUUUUCAUGUGGUCUUACCCAAGUCUUGUGAAUUAUUUGGUAAUUAAUUUAUGGAUUUUUACAACUGCAGUAUUUCCCCUUUUUGUGAUGAGAGACUCAGUCCAGGCUGGUUGGAGGGAGAGGAGACAAAUUAGAGGAGCAUUUAAAUUUAAGAUGCAAAACGGUCUUUUUACUUGUCUUUUCUUUCUUUUUCUUAAUAAUAAUUGAUGUGAGAAAUGUGUGUCACCUGGAGGAAUCUUGUUUACAGACCAUGGACACCAGCCUUGGCUGAGUAGAGCAAAAGAGGGAUUUGUUGGAGGGCAUCAGUCAGGUGUGGGAAUCCCUAGGAAGACUAUACAGGCUUGAAACUGGUCUCCACCAAGGGAAUGCUGGGCCCUCAACUCAGUUGCCACCAGUAAUCCUUCCCAGUUCUGGUGACUGCAUCACUACCACAAAAGCCUAGGCCUGAUUGGCUGAAUCCAGGUCUCUUUUGCUGGGUUUUACCUCAAGUUGAAGGUGAGGCAUGAGGGCCCUGGAAACCUAGAAUGUGGGGGCUGAGGACCUGGAGAGGCAGCUGAGCUUGUAUGCUAGAGAGGCUGUGGUGGGGGUGCCUUGGGGUUGGGAGUGGGAGGAAGGUGCUGGUGUGGAACGAAACAGAGGACACAUACUCCCCUCCUUUUGAGCAUCAGCCCUGUGUACACAGAAUCAAUGUUAAGUUCUCAAAUAUACAUGUGAGAAUGUGCUUUAGUAUUUGCAGCUGUAAACGCCAGGGCUGAGAACACAGUUCAUGCAAAUGUUCGGUGUAUUUUUGGAAGCUGGGCACACUAAAAGGCAUGUGUAUGUGUAUUUAAAGCCAACUGACCCCAAAGUGAGAAAUC